CGAUCUAAGAGAUCGCAGAAGACGGUGUAGAACUAUCCUUGGAAAUUUAUCCCAGGAAAGUUUAGUCGAUACAUUAUGCGUAAAACUGGGGAACGUUUGGAGGAUACGGGGUUGUGGUUGCACCGCAUGGAGGGAUGCAUCGUUAUGGGGGAUGUAGCUGAACCCAACGCUAGCGAUAACUCUGCCGAGUGCAAAAUCGGUGGUGAGAGAAAAGAGGGUGAUGGGAAGGAGAGAGAGAGAGAGAGAGAGAGAGAAAGAGAGAGAGAGAGAGGCACGUGGGACAAGAGAGAAGUCGCGAUUGGUUAAGUCGGUUGGAAAAGCCCGUCUGACUCCUCGACCGGCCGGCACUUUGCUCAGUUCUCCACUGCGCUUCGAACGAACCGGAGCUUUCGCUAAACAAAUCCGACGAGAGUCUCGUUACUUUUCGCGAUUUUUCGGUUAUAUCAUACAUAUCCACGCACGCACAAACAUACACGCACACACGCACGCAUACGCACAACUCAACGAUCGAUCGUUUGAUUUCGCAGUUCGCUUAAAACAACUCGGUUUGUAUGUUUAUCGCUCGAGAAAGAUAAUCUUCCAAAUAUUUUUCGUCGAAGAAAUUUGUCUCGUCGUUUCGGUCUUAUUUCUUGUCUUGGUUCUCUUGAUUCCUCAUCCUCGUCCGUUACCCUUGCCGGUUUCUAAUCGUUCAAAGACAAAAGAAAAGAAAACGUAACGAAAACGAGAGAGAUUACGGAGGAAGAGAAGCUAUGCCCGUGAACGAGAAAACGUCGUUAGUUUUUGUUUAAGGUUCCUCGAUAGAUUUACAGCUAUCGCUUCCAAAUAGAAGGGAUUACUGGUACAAGGAAAAGGGAUUCGCUACAACCGUGAAAAUGUCGAGGAGAUCGGCGAAUCUACUACGUAGAUGGUUAUUUUUGGUGGGGCUGAUCUGUUGUUCGUCGUGUCAAAGCGCUUCCUCUACGUUCGAAAACAAGACUGGCCAAAAUGAAGGCAAGCCGCGGGUAUUUUCGCCAAGAAUGGAUUACGACGAGUGGACACCGCUUGGCCGUGGAGAUCCUCUGAAGAACAAUCCGACCUUCGAUUAUGUUCCUCCUGUGCUCGAUAGAGUUCAAUAUUGGCUGGAUUCUCACACGACCGAGCCAUCCGCGAAACGCGACGUCCUCGUUUUGGGAGUUACCGCGAAGAAAACCAGCCCCAAAAUAGCGGAACAGUUUUUGAAAUUCGUAGACGGGCCAAAAUUCACGAGAUCGAAUCAUCAGGAUGUUCCGUAUAGAAACGAUUUCACCGGUAGCACCGGUGCAGAACCGCCGAAAGUCGUGAGAACGAGCAACUUUCGAAACGGGCCGAUCGACUAUAGGAAUCAAAAUAGAAUUCAAUCGAUACCAGCUAGCUAUUAUCCUAGUCCGUUUUACAAUCAAAAGACAGAACCUUACACGAUGAUGUUACCACCACCGUUGACUCACAAGGACAAAAUCGUCAGCUUUGUCGAGUCUACUCAACAGCAGCAGCAGCAGCAGCAGCAGCAGCAACAGCAGCAACAAUACAACACGCAAACGGAAGAAGGACCCGUGCUUCAGGACCCACAAUUCUACGCUUCGCAACCUCCAUCGAAAAGUUACAACCAGCAGCAACCGGGAAAAUCACAAUUCCAGUCUCAAACUUUGUCCAAGUUUUCUCAAAACAAAAGCCCGCUUCAAACUGUCUCUAUGCAAGUGGAAACGAUCAAGAGCGUGCACGGUUCUUCGCCGUCGCAGCCUACGAAGCUCAAGUACGAAAGCGUGGCGACCACGCCAUCCGUUUCCUUCGAAAAGUCCAAUCUGAUUUAUCAGUCGACGCAAACUUUAUCCGGCGGUUGGCCAACCGGUAGCAACGGUGUUCCGUCGUCGACGUCGACCAUAUCGGACGCUAGUCAAUCCAUUCGGCAUACUACCGAUUACUCUCACGAUCAAUACGAAAUCGAUCACCACGUCGCGGCGGCAUCUUCGAAUCACCAAGUUGUCAUCGAACAGAACGCAAAUAUAAUAGUCGACGGAGACAACAACAAGGACGAGGAUGUGAUUAUAGGUCAAAAGGAGAAGGUCGAUUCGUCGAAUACGGUGUCACCCGUUACAACGACCUCUACGUCAAAUUUCGCUGAUGAUAAAAAGGAAAAUACGGACGAACGGAAUACCACCCGAUCGUCCGAAAAAAUGCACAUCGUUAUCGCUAAUUCGCCCCAUAGCCUGGACACUGAGACGACGCACGAGACGAAAAAAGGGCAAGUGGCGGUCGUUAUGCCGGCCAACUAUUCGGAAAAGAAGUUCACUCAUGCUGCUUCGAGUUCAGAAUCGAAGCCGCCGGAAACCACCGCUGUAGCCGGUCUCGUGGAAAAUUCGACGACGAUGGGAACGGAAGUGGGAAUCGAAAGCUCGUCGAAAAACGAGUUUCAGCCAGUUCGAAAUUUACCGAUCGAGUCUUCGAUCUUUCCACAGAGUUCUCAGUCCACUGCCAUUUUACCGAACAAAUUGAUGCCGACCUAUCAGAAGCAGCACCACGCGGUGCAUUUCCACUCGACGAUGGCGCCGUUUUCGUCCCGACAUCCUGUCGAUUCUUUGCUCGCGUUUGCACCACCGCAAGCUCCUCUUUCUUCGAUCAUGCACCCACAGGGUAGACCUAACCAUGGGACGAUGCACCUUGCCGAUAGCAUGCGUCCAACCGUUGGUUUCCGAGCUCCAGUCUCGAUGUCGAUGUUUCCGCCGAUGACACAUAUGCACGCACCGCCUCCGCCCAUGAGGUCAACGAUCGAUCAUAUCGGAUCAUCGAUCGUCGGAGAUCAGUCGAGCGCGCAUCGAUCGCCGCCGCAGUUACAGAAUUUGCCCUCGAUGUUCAUCGAUUCGCCACCGCGAACUUCGACUUUGAUCGCGCACUCGAUCGCCACGGAGGAUCGUUAUUUCGAUCGGCAUCGAUCUCGCGUACCAGAGACCACUACGUCUAUCCUUCCCACGCCUACUUCUCUUCCUUUUUUGCCUACCGCUUCAUCGUCCUCGAUCGAGAACUCGGCUUUGGCCGUUGUCGAUGCAAACACUCGACAUUUGCAAACGAACGACCGAGAUUCUUCGGGGAAAAAGGCACCGGCCGACGAGAACGAGCAAGAAGAAGACAGAGAAAAGGAGAAAGAGAAAGUGGAAAUGGAAGUGGAAAUGGAAGAACAAGAGAAGCGGGAGAAGGAACGAGACAGCCGGAAGAAGAUAUCGAUCGGGUCGUCCUCGGUUCGUCCUCCGGACUCGACGACUCCUCCGAUCACUACCAUGCCGAGCUUGACCACGGAUCCCAUCUUCUCGCAUUAUAAACAACCGGCCAAACCUAUCCGUGGCCCGAUGUACCUUAUCAUUCAAGGCCAUUCAAAGGUGAAGACUUACAAACCUACCGUGAGCAAGCACGGCGUACCGGUAGAGGGAAACGAGAUCCCGGAAAGCGUCACCGAGAGACAACUGUCGAAGUUCGAGCAAUUCGUUCAAGAGAACACGAAAAACAGGAACAGCGCGACAGCAGCAGCGAUCGAGAAGAAGAAGACGGAAGAAAAGGCGCGCGCCGAGAAGCUCGCGAAAGCUCGGCAAAAUAAUCUGAUGAGUCUGGUAGCGAGCGGUUUAGCAAGUUUCACCGUACCACCUUCUUCUUCCGCGGCCGAAGACGAACACCGAGGAAACACAGUGACCACGAUCGAGAUCAACGCCAAUUAAGACUGUUCGCGCAGACAGGUCAACGGAUUUUCUUGCAAAACGCGACGAUACGCUCCAAGCAUCAAUACGAAAUCGAGAUUCGACUUGGCUCUAGGUUCCACACACCUAUUACGAUAAACGCGAACGUCGUUUUAUACGGAACACGACAAGUUCGAUCGUACGAAAUUCGAUCGAGCAAAUAUCACGUUCGACUCGGUCGAACCAGCAAAUAUCCGCGAGCUAAUCGAAAUAGCAAACGAUAAGAAUACGCAAACGCGAAUCCGCAGCGAGUUCGUUCGAUCGUAAUCUGUCGGAUAUUUGGCUCGCGUUUCAACGAUCGAAUCUCCUUCGAUUAUUUUCAAUUACUUUGUCACGUAAUUACGCGAUCACCUUUGCAGAGGCUCAUCGUGGUAGAUCCGCGAUCUAUCGACCUAGCACGGUCUCUCGUCUUCGAUACGAGAACGCGCGCCAAUUUCUAAUGUGCCAGUAUAUGUACACACACACGAUCGCGCGUACAAAAUAAAUGCGUAUAAAUUAUUGAUACACGCAUGCGCGCAUAUACGUAGAUAUAUGCGCGCAUGUAUACGUAUAAGUGAAAUAUACAGGGUGGUUGGCAACUGGUGAUACAAGCGGAAAGGGGGUGAUUCUACGCGAGAAAAGAAGUCGAAAAUAUAGAAUAAAAAUUUUCUUUUUUAAUUUUUCCAUCGAAACAACGAUCUACAGUGAGAUCCGUUUUAACGAGACGCGAUAAAGUGCACGCGUACCGAGCGAAAAUUCAAAGUCGAUUUUCUCGAAAACGAAGCCUCGAACGAAAAACGUUUAUUCUAUAUUUUCGACUUCUUUUUUCGCGUAGAAUCACCCCGUUUCCGCUUGUACCGGCCAGUUACCAACCAGCCUGUAUACGUCGCGUGUCGUGACGAAUCAGCGGAUCGCUCAACCUAGAACUGUUUUCAACGCGUAAAUUAUUAUUGUAAAUUAUUGCACGACCGAUUGUCGUCUCGCGAAACAGUAUUUUCACUUGGUACCGUUCUUCCUGUUCGAAACAAUCGAUCCUAGCUCGAACACGCACUUGGAUGUACACGUGAAAAGGUGCAAGAUAUCCAUGAAACGUAUUUAUCGCAAUAUCGUAUGAUAAUAUCAUCGAUUAUUAUCACAACCAUCGCGAUCGAUGAUACAUCUGUUGUAUCGUUACGUCGAUACACGAUUACCGCUUUUCCGAUCGAUG